AUUUGGUUUAGGCUGACUCCCCCUGUGGAUUUGGGCUGACAACCAGAGUCUCUGCAAAGGAAAUCUCAAGGGGUCAGUGUCUGCAGUGUCACCAUGUCGGGGUGGAUCAAACGAGGGAAUUACAACCAUGAGUACCACCAUAAACAGAGCCAAUAUGUGCUGAAAGAGUACAGCAGUUCUGAGGAGAUGGUGGACAGAUAUGAAUAUAAAACACGAGCCCACAUCCAGGAAGUGUUAAACAUGAAGAUGCCACGCAAAUACGUGCGAGAGGAGCCAAUGAUCAGGGGGCCAGCCUUCCUGGUCAGACUCAGGUCUCACACAGUGUUUGAAAACACUCCAAUCAAACUCUUUUGCACUGUGGAAGGCUUCCCUAUGCCUAUUGUGAAAUGGUAUAAAGACGGUGUGGUCCUGGAUAUGUCAUCUGGGAAGUAUCUGGUUGAAGCAAAAGCUGGAGUCCACUCUCUGGAGAUUCCAAGAUGCUGCACUGACGAUACUGCUCAGUACACAGCUGUGGCUGGUAAUAUCCAUGGACAAGCCUCUAGUCAGGCUUCCAUCAUUGUGAAGAGGUACAAGCAAGAGGAGUUCUGUCCAUACACAUGGAUACCUUACAAUGCUUCCGAGAUUCCAAAAAUUCAUUUCACUAAAAUCAACAUUACUUUUGUGGAUAAGUUCGGCCCGGUGUUUGCUUCUGAAGGAGAGUCUGCCACCCUGACUGCCACCAUGAACCUGGAACCUAACUUGGCCAACCUGCAGCCGGAGGCACAGUGGUACAGAGAUGAUACUCGUUUGUUUGAUUCUAAAUGGGUGAAGAUUGAAACGGGUCGAGGUGUCACCACCUUGAGUCUUCCUAACCUAUAUAAAGAUGACGAAGGCUUGUACACGCUUCGUAUGGUCACAAAAGGAGGCACAGCAGAGCAUAGUGCGUACGUGUCUGUUGCAGACGGUCCUCCUCCAGUACCUGGUGCACCUGGUGCUCCAAUGGACAUGAAGAUCCACGAUGCCAACAGGGACUACGUUAUUGUGUCAUGGAAGCCUCCCAACACCACCACAGAGGGUCCAAUCUUGGGAUACUUUGUGGACAAAUGUGAAGUUGGAACAGAAAACUGGACACAGUGCAACGACCAACCCAUUAAGAUCUGUAAAUAUCCCGUGCCCGGCCUGUUUGAGGGACACUCCUACUACUUCAGGGUCAGAGCCGUCAACUCCCAUGGAAUCAGCAAACCGUCCCGCAUGUCUGAACCCAUCGCCGCACUGGACCCGACUGAGUUCGAGAGGCUGCACACUAAAAAACUCGGAGGAAGGCUGGACGUUGUGUCUUACCACGAUGAAGUUGAAGCUGAGGGAAAGCCUCCAUGUUCUCCAUCGGGAAUUUAUGCAUCGGAAACUGACAGGACGUAUGUUGUUCUGAGCUGGAAAGCCCCGGCAUAUUCCAGCAAGGCUCCCAUGUGGUACUACAUAGAAAAGAGCAUGGCGGACAGCGAUGCCUGGCAGCGUGUUAACACUCAGGUCCCCAUCCGCUCGCCCCGCUAUGCCGUCUUUGACCUGGCAGAGGGUAAACAGUAUAAGUUCAGAGUCUUGUCUGCCAAUAUGUAUGGAACCAGCGAGCCAUCGGAACCAAGUGGAGCCAUCGAAACACAAGAACUUAAAGGAGUGCCUUCAGCUCCUGGCCAGGUGAUUGCAACCCGGGAAACGGACACCUCCGUCCUCAUCCAGUGGGCUCCUCCAAAAGAACCCAACAAUCUGAUUGGCUACUACAUCGACCAGUGUGUGAAGGGGUCCAAAGACUGGACCUCCGCCAACCACAAACCACACAAGAACGCAAAGUUUGUGGUUAGCGGUUUGACAACUCUAGAAACCUACGUGUUCCGUGUCCAGGCUAUCAAUGAGAUUGGCCUCAGUGAUGAGUCCCAGGAGUCUGCGCCACUUACAGUAAAGGCUGCCCUCACCACGCCCUCUGCUCCUUAUAAGAUUUCUUUGGUUAACUGUGACGGACAUUCAAUGGUCCUGAGCUGGAAGAAGCCCCUUCACUCUGGAGGUACACCAAUUAAGGAAUAUUAUGUAGAUAAGCGAGCCAGUGGAACAAGCAUGUGGAGGGAGGUCAAUAUCCCACCGGUCACAGAAAGACUCUACAAGGUGGACAGCCUUACACAAGGCGAAGUCUAUCAGUUUCGAGUUCAUGCGGCCAACCUUGCUGGCCUGGGACCAGCAUCUCAACACUCGGCCGACUUCACCUGUGAAGCAUGGGCUAUGCCUGAGCCAGGCCCUGCAUAUGAUGUGACCUUUUGCGAGGUUAGAGAUGAUUCUGUGGUUCUUGAGUGGCAAAAACCAACCUACAUCGGUUCUGGAGACAUCACUGGUUAUCAUGUGGAAUAUGCAAAGAAGGGCACUAAUGAAUGGACCACAGCUAAUGAGACAGCCACCAGUCAACGCUUCCUCAAGGUAACAGGUCUGGAGGAGGGCUGCACUUAUGACCUCAGGGUGCGUGCUGUCAAUGCUGCAGGUGUAGGCAUGGCGUCCAUGCCAUCUGACCCUGUCACUGCCAAGGCUGUGCCAGGCUCCCAGGAGGUGUCCUGUUGUGUGGAUGAGAAGACGGGUGACAUUGUUUUCACAUUUGAGUCGUGCCAAAUGAAUGCGGGCUCUCAGUUUGUCUGGAAGAAAGAUUAUCAAGAAAUCACCGAUUUCUCCAAAGGAGUUUCGAUUGAGACCGAAGGCAACAAAACCAAGCUGAUCUUUAAGAAUGCAGAUAAAGAAGACUUUGGGACAUUCUCUGUCUCUGUCACCAACACAGAAGGGGUUUCGUCCAGUUUUGCGAUCAAUUCUGAUGAGUUGGCAAAGAUGUUGGUACUCAGCUAUGACAUCAGACACCCAAUCAUCCCACUGAAGUCAGAGUUGGCCUACAAAAUUUUGGAGAGAGGCAGAAUGAAGUUCUGGCUUCAGGCUGAAGACAUUUCUCCCAAAGUCACCUACAAAUUCUUUGUUAAUGACAAGGAACUCUCUGGAGCUGAUCCCAACAAGAUGGGCCAUGACGUGUCUACAGGAGUCAUUGAAUUCACCAUGGACCAUUUCACUGAAGACAAUGAAGGGACAUACACCUGCCAGAUUACUGAUGGAGGCGGCACAGCACAGAGCUCUCUGGUUCUGAUUAAAGAUGCUUUCAAGGCUGCUUUGGCUGAGGCUGAAUACCAGAGACGAGAGUACAUCAGAGUCAAGGAGGGCCCCCACUUCUGUGAGUUCCUGUCCCUUCACGUGGGAGAUGACUGCUCAGUCACACUGGCGUGCAAGGUUGCUAACUUGAAGAAAGAAUCUGAGUUUCACUGGUUUAGAGAAGACACAGAAAUAAUCCCUGAUGUGAAGCCUGACCUGGCCUCAGGCGUCUGUAAACUGGCAAUUAAACUGUUCUCUCUGAAAACUUCAGGAAUUUACAAGGCCACCAUCAGUGAUGAUAGAGGAAAGGACAUGAGUCAAAUUGACAUUUCUGGAAAAGUAUUUGAUGAGGCCAUAAACCAGAUCACCCGACUGGCUGGAGCAGCUGCACAGGAGCUGGUCAUCCAAUGCACGGCCACCGGUAUUCAGCUGCAGUGCCCCAUGAAGUAUUACACCUCAGAGAUGAACAUCACUUGGUACCACAGUGAGAAAAAACUCUCCCACAGCGACAAGAUCGUGAUAGGAGGAACCCCUACUAUGGCAACAAUGGAGGUGAUUGAGCCAACCGAGAAGGACAAAGGGAAGUACUCCAUCGUGAUCACCGACCCAGAAGACUCACACAAGCGCACACUGGACCUGAGUGGUGACGUUUAUGACAAAGCAUAUGCUGAGUUCCAGAAACUCAAGGCUGAGGCUUAUGCUGAGAAGAACCGUGGUAAAGUGAUUGGAGGCCUGCCUGACGUGGUCACCAUUAUGGAAAAGAAGACACUGAGUUUAACAUGCACAGUGUGCGGGGACCCCAAACCUCAGGUCUCCUGGCUGAAAAACGGAGUGGAGGUCGAGCGUGACGAUCAGUACGUGGUCUCCCUGGACCAGGGAAAGUUUGCUAGCCUUACAAUCAAAGGUGUGUCCAUGGAGGAUUCUGGUAGAUACUCCAUGAUUGUCCAGAACAAAUAUGGAGGGGAGUCUGUGGAUAUUGUGGUCAGCGUGUAUCGCCAAGGUGAGAAAAUCCCAGAAGCAAAACCAACGGUGACGGCGAAAACAAUAAUCCCUCCCAAACUGCCCAUUGAGAUUCCUGAAACAAAGACCCAGCCAACCCCCAGCCCUGCCCCCGCCGCUCAUAGCCCCACCCCUCCCAGGGCAGCCCCCGGAAGAGGAAUGAAGAGUCCCACCCCCACUCGAAGGAAGUUUUAAUUAAGAACAAAAUCAUAUCAACAAUCUGGUGCUCAUUUUUAGUGCGCAGUUUAGAAACUUUUAUUAAUGUCUUCAAAAUGAAAGGAAGCAAAUACUGUGACAUUAAUUUAGAGUGUCGGAGAAUUCAUGGUAAUUAAAUGAUUCUUACAAGUGUGAUAAAAAGCAGAAGUAUGAAGGAAAAAUAAAAAAAAUAACUGCCUGUGUGGGAUGUUUGAAUUACAACCCCCCCAACC